AUGGAGCAGGUGGACACACAUGAUGGUUUGAGCACAGACCCAAUCACUACCACCACCACUACCACCAAUACUAGUAAUGUCCAACCUAAAGCAGGAAACUCGGGGAAUCUCAUCACCAUUGUCGCACUUUCCGUCUGCCUUUUUAUUAUUACGUGUGUCUUAAUCAUAUUGGCUGGUUUUGUAAUUCGCAGAUCAUGGAAGAAAAGACGAAAAGGUAAAGGUGAUUUGGGGAAAAAAGAUGGUGUCCACAACAUGCCAGAAGAAAUACCAUUGAUUGAAGAUGAUGUGAAUCACGAUUCAACACCAGAUGGGGUUAUUCAAGAUUCGGCGCAAGAUAAUGAUAACCACAAUUCACCCACAGAUUGUGUAAAACACGAUACAUUAUCAAACACGGGUAGACACGACUCACCAUCAGGCGCAGAAGGACAGGUGGUACCACUAGAUGGUAAUAAUCACGAUUCAUCACCAGAUAAUGAUGAAGAGGCAUUUGAUCAAUGUACAAAUAUUGACACAGAUACGGCUAUCAAAACUGCAAUUAAUAUGCUUUUGUUCAAAGACAUAAACGAAAAAUUAGAGGAGAAAGAUAUAGAUGAUCUGCGGGACUUCACAGAAGAUCUUUUAUCAGAAGAGGAAAGGAAGAAACCUCGUAAAGAUUUCUUACGUUGCCUUGCUAAAAAGAUAGACUUGAAAAUAAAUCUGUAUUAUCUCCAAGCUCUUCUGCUUAGAAUUAAUAAGCACGAACUUGUGGAUGAAUGUGCAAAAGUAGCAGAGGCUCUCCCUAUUACAAUUUAUUUAGAGCGUCCAAAGACGCCACCAGUAAACGGAUUUAAAGACAUUUCUCUUCACGUCAACUGUAAACGUAUAUUGACAACAGGAAAGAUCGAGGACAUAAGAACACAACUUAAGCUAAUGCUGAAAGAGCCUGUAAUUUAUAGAGGAGGGGAAAAGACAAACAGCUACUUGUUAACAUACAUGAUACCAGAAGCUAAAGUCCUUUUGCUUAGAAGGGAAAUACUAAAAUUUAGUCAUAAACUAUUAGCUUUAGAUGUUGAUUUCUUCUUGCUGGAUGGAAUGAAAUAUGAACUUACAAUUAAAGGUUCAACGCUCAUUAAGAUGUCUGAGGAGCCUUUUGCAAAUGAAUGCAGAAUUGUUCUGAUUGGGAAAACAGGGAGCGGAAAAAGUGCAACAGGAAACACAAUUCUUGGAGAAAAAUAUUUUUCUUCCAAUAUAUCCGUAACAAACAAAUGUAAGCUAGGUAUUGCUAAGAGAUUUGGAAGAGAUCUACGUGUUAUUGAUACACCAGGUCUUUUUGAUACAGGCGCUUCAAAUGAAUUUAUACACAGAGAAAUUUCAAAAUGUAUUGCCUUAUCUUCCCCUGGAGCACAUGCGUUUGUAAUAGUAUUAAGCAUAGGCAGAUAUACAAUUGAGGAGGAAACAUCUAUCAAUCAUUUCGUAAAUCAUUUUGGAGAAGAAAUUUAUCGCUAUUUCAUUUUGCUUUUUACACGAAAAGACGCUCUAGAUGAAGAUAAUGUUACCCUAGAGCAAUACCUGAAUUCAAUGCCAGAAAGCUUUACAAAAUUUUUUGAAAAAUUAGAUCGUCGAUUUAUUGCGUUCAAUAACAGAGAAGAACUCCAAAGUCCCGCAAGUAAUGAACAAGUCAAAAAUUUAUUAUGUCUUAUAGAAAGCAAUGUCGUUCAAAACGCCGGUCGCGUUUUCUCAAAUAAAGACUAUCAUAAAGCGGAACUGAAUUUAAAAGACAGAGAAUUAGAACUAAGAAAACAAAAAGAAUGGGAAAUUGCUGAACAAAAAGAAAAAUAUACUGCUGAAACUGAGGGCAAAUUCUUUGCUGAUUUCAAAGAAUUGCAAAAAAGAAUCCAAGAUUUUGACGCAGAAUUAAAAAUACGAAAGGAAAUACUAAAAGGACUCAGACACAAAGAAAUUUUCAAACAACAAAGGGAUACAAUUCAGAAAAAAGUUAUGGAUAUCGACAUCUCAGUAGACACAGAGUUAGCCAAGAUAAUGGAAAAUCAGGACAACAGGUACCUUUUACGAGAUGAAAGAAAAUGUGAAACACAAAGACUAGGCAAAGACGUAGUUAAACUAGAGCGAGACGAAGUACUCCAAUCAACUGAAGAAAACAUAAAAAAAUUGCUUAUGGACAGAGAAAAACUCAUAAGAGAGUACCAACUACGCCUUAAGAUACUCCAAUCCUCAGGUUCUGAAUAUCAAGCAUUGACUACAUGGAAAUACACACAAAAAUAUCUCUGA